AUGCGCAGACUCAGUUCCUGGAGAAAGAUGGCGGCAGCCGAGAAGCAGAAACACGACGGGCGGGUGAAGAUCGGCCACUACAUCCUGGGGGACACGCUGGGCGUCGGUACCUUCGGGAAAGUGAAGGUUGGCAAACAUGAAUUGACUGGGCAUAAAGUUGCCGUGAAGAUUCUCAAUCGGCAGAAGAUUCGAAGCCUUGAUGUGGUAGGAAAAAUCCGCAGAGAAAUUCAGAACCUCAAGCUUUUCAGGCAUCCUCAUAUAAUUAAACUGUACCAGGUCAUCAGUACACCAUCUGAUAUUUUCAUGGUGAUGGAAUAUGUCUCAGGAGGAGAGCUAUUUGAUUAUAUCUGUAAAAAUGGAAGGUUGGAUGAAAAAGAAAGUCGACGUCUGUUCCAGCAAAUCCUUUCUGGAGUGGAUUACUGUCACAGGCACAUGGUGGUUCAUAGGGAUUUGAAGCCUGAAAAUGUCCUGCUUGAUGCACACAUGAAUGCAAAGAUAGCUGAUUUUGGUCUUUCAAACAUGAUGUCAGAUGGUGAAUUUUUAAGAACAAGUUGUGGCUCACCCAACUAUGCUGCACCAGAAGUAAUUUCAGGAAGAUUGUAUGCAGGCCCAGAGGUAGAUAUAUGGAGCAGCGGGGUGAUUCUCUAUGCUUUAUUAUGUGGAACCCUUCCAUUCGAUGAUGACCAUGUGCCAACUCUUUUUAAAAAGAUAUGUGAUGGGAUUUUUUAUACCCCUCAGUAUUUAAAUCCUUCUGUGAUUAGCCUUUUAAAACAUAUGCUGCAGGUGGAUCCUAUGAAGAGGGCCACAAUAAAAGAUAUCAGGGAACAUGAAUGGUUUAAACAGGACCUUCCCAAAUAUCUCUUUCCUGAGGAUCCAUCAUAUAGUUCAACCAUGAUUGAUGAUGAAGCCUUAAAAGAAGUAUGUGAAAAAUUUGAAUGCUCUGAAGAGGAGGUUCUCAGCUGCCUUUAUAAUAGAAAUCACCAGGACCCUUUGGCAGUUGCCUAUCACCUCAUAAUAGAUAACAGGAGAAUAAUGAAUGAAGCCAAAGAUUUCUACUUGGCAACAAGCCCCCCUGAUUCUUUUCUUGAUGAUCACCAUUUAACUCGACCCCAUCCUGAAAGAGUUCCAUUCUUGGUGGCUGAAACACCAAGGGCACGCCAUACACUCGAUGAAUUAAACCCACAGAAAUCCAAACACCAAGGUGUAAGGAAAGCAAAAUGGCAUUUGGGAAUUAGAAGUCAAAGUCGACCAAAUGAUAUCAUGGCAGAAGUAUGUAGAGCAAUUAAGCAACUGGAUUAUGAAUGGAAGGUUGUAAACCCAUAUUAUUUACGGGUUCGAAGAAAGAAUCCCGUGACAAGCACAUACUCCAAAAUGAGUCUGCAGUUGUACCAAGUAGAUAGUAGAACUUACUUACUGGAUUUCCGUAGUAUUGAUGAUGAAAUUACUGAAGCCAAAUCAGGGACUGCUACUCCACAGAGAUCAGGAUCAAUUAGCAACUAUCGAUCUUGCCAAAGGAAUGAUUCAGAUGCUGAUGCUCAAGGAAAAUCCUCAGAAGUUUCUCUUACCUCAUCUGUGACCUCACUUGACUCUUCUCCUGUUGACUUAACUUCGAGACCUGGAAGUCACACAAUAGAAUUUUUUGAAAUGUGUGCAAAUCUAAUUAAAAUUCUUGCACAGUAAAUGUAAAAUUUUGCUUAUUUCUUUCAUAGCAAUAAGCAUGCAUAAUAUAAUAGCCAAAUGCUUCCAUUUGUAAUCAAGUUAUAUAUAUAAUUAUAACUAAGGCUUGGCCUUUUGAAAUGUAAUUUGCACAGAUUGGAAGAUGAUUGAUAGUUAAUAACCUAACGUGCAGAAAUGAAUUAAGAUCAUUUUUGUUCAUUCUUUCAGUCAUAUAUAGCAUACAAACAAUGAAUUAUAGAUUUCUCAGGCUUACUUCAUUUUUGGCUAUUUUAUAUUUAGUGUACACAGGGCUUUGUAGAAUAUUAAUUU